UUUUCACAGAUGAAAAUGGACGUCAAAAAAGUCGGAUCUUCUCAUUUUGUCCUAGCGAUCGGCAUCUUUCUAGGUGUGGCCACUUUGGGUCUCUGUACGGUCAUUCCGCUGGAGAACUCUGCCGCCGACGACGCCGUUCUUCCACUGUCCGUCAAAGGUUUGUCCGCAGCAGCAGCGUCCUGGACGAACAACAUUUCUUCUCGGUCGUUUGAAGAAUGCGGAGUGGCCAACAGCAAUUCGCUUCUGUCAGCAGCAUCGGAUGAUGGCGGAAGCAGUAGGAUCGUCGGAGGAGAAACGGCGUCGCCAAACGAAUUCCCGUGGCAGGCUUACCUCAAUGUGGAAAUGACCAGUGGCGACGUUUAUAGUUGCGGAGGGACUUUGAUCGCCGAUCGGUGGAUUCUUACAGCCGCCUUCUGUCUCCUUCGUUCAGCGGAGCUAACAUUCAAAUCGGUUGAAGUUUAUCUGGGAGCCCACGAUGUCACAGCAACGUCUGAACCCAAUCGCAGAGUUUAUUCCGGAACUGAAAUUUUUGUUCAUCCAGACUACAAUAACAACAUCGCUGGAGCCGGAGAAAUUGCCUUGAUUAAACUGACCACCGCAGUCACAUACACACAAUACAUCCGUCCAGUUUGCUUGGCAACUCCCAACGAACCGGAUUACGUUGACAGUCCAGUUACCGUAACCGGAUGGGGCAUAACUGUUGACGGCAGUCUUAGUCAAUACCUAAAUAAAGUGACGGUUCCGGUCAUCUCCAAUUCCGAAUGCAGUUCGGUUUACGGCAGUGAUUCCAUUACAGACAAACAAAUGUGCACCAGCGGAGCCGGUGGUCGUGGAAUAUGCGGCGGUGAUAACGGUGGCCCGAUGAAUUUCAAACAGUCGGACGGGACGUGGAAGCAGAUCGGGAUCGUUGUCUUCUGGUCUUCCGCAGGUUGCGCGAGUGGCAGUCCGUCUGGUUACACCAGACUCAGUUCUUAUUCGACGUGGGUUCAAGACACUGUGUUGUCUAACACGCCCACCACCACUACAACCACUACAACUUCAACAACCACAACUAAACCAACAACCACAACUACACCAACAACUACCACUACACCAACAACCGAAACUACUCCAACAACCACUACUACACCAACAACCACAACUACACCAACAACUACCACUACACCAACAACCGAAACUACACAAACAACCACAACAACUCCAACGUCAACCACGGCGACCAGCACAACAUCAGAACCAUCGUCCGCCAAUCAGUCGUUUGCAUUUCUAUCGUCCGCACUCAUUUCAAUCAGUUUGAUCAUCAACCUGAAAAUGUCAUCGCUACAAUAAUUAAGUUCCUGAUAAUACGAUAUAAAAGAGAAAACAUAGUGUGGUGACUAUACAAUCAUUUUGUAUUGAAUUGCCUAGUUCAUUUUAAUUCCAUAUAAUCUAAUCAAAUAAAAACGAUAAAAGAAAA